AUGAAAAGGUGGUCAAGUCAAUUUAUAUUUGUCGCCUUAAUGAUGAUAUUCAUAUUCAAAAUUGCACAUGCAGAUGCAACUGUAUUAAAUGAUGAUAAAUCAUCAAUGGUUGAGAAUAGUGCAAGUGAUGAAAAUGAUGAAUCAUUACGAAACAAAAAGGAAAUAAGUUUCAUAACAGCACAACAUAUCAUUCCAUUACCCCUUCGUCGUCAUCAUCUGAAAUUUGGUGUCCUUGGAAAACGUUAUUCAUAUGGUUAUUUGGGUAAACGAAAUGAUGUAUCAAAUCAUAACGAUGAUUUUCAAGAAUGGUUAAAUAAUAUUAGAGAAAGACGUGCUGGUCGACCGCAAUACGGUUUAUUAGGUUAA